CAGCCCAACCCCGCUCUAUUUCUUCCUCUCCACCCUCCUUCGUCUCCCGAGUCCCACAUCGCCGCCGCCGCCGUCCCCACAUACCAGCGACCUCGCUCCGGGCUCGGCCCUCUCCCCCACAGCAGCAGGUCAGGCGGCGGCCAGAUCCGCCACGGAGCUUCAGGAUCCGCGCCGUCGUCACGCGAAGGAGGCCGGCCGCUUCUCCCCGGUCGCUCGCGCGCCAGGAGUGGAGGAGGCGGCGGCCACUGCUUCCUUUCUCUGGCCGACGCCGCUCUUCCGCGUGAGGAGAGAGCUCGCUCCCGCUCGUCCGCUCCGACCCUAGCGUCCACGCGAUGGCGCCCGUCAACAAGGAGAACUUACACCUGGAGGAGGCAUUCGAAAACCUGAGAUAAAUCUUCGGGCCCAACAAGCAGGCUCCAGAGGAGGAGGUGCAUGUUCAACAAGGAUUGUUGCUCUUUCAGCCACCCAGCAUUAGAUUCAUCAUGCUAGCAUGCUGCUACGGACGAGAGUACUACUUAAAUCGAGAGAGUACUACGAACGUUCGCCUCAACAUGAGGAUUUGCUGGUGACCUGACUUGCUGGCGCCACAACGGAUGAUGAGUUGAUCGCCUAGGGUUGAAGAGGCGCCACCUGAUGAGGUGCGGCUGCUGUUUGGGUGGAGGCGUGGAGCGAUGUAGGUAGCUAUGGCCGAUCACCAGGCAUGAGGUAUGGAAGGGGAGGACGAGACCUCGAUGGUGGAGGCGGCGCUGGGGCUGAGCCCUCAGAUCUUCAUCAAUGAGGUCCUCAACAUGGUCGACGAUGUCCGCUUCCAGGCUUUCGAGUACUGCCUCCAGGAAGGCGCCCCCGCGGCCGUCGGCGCCGCCACAGCGACCAAUAAGGCCGAGGAGCUGGAACGGGGAGUAAAUGCAAUUUGCAACUUGGUAACGGAUGUAUUGAACAAAAGAAUGAACAAUUGGGAGAUGUAUUGCCUUCGGAAAUGUUUAACUGUACCUGAAGGAUUUGUGGCGCCUGAAGAUGAUAAUUCUUCUUCAAUGGUGUUGCAUAAAGAUGGGAAUUCUGAUUCGGAACUGGAUGCAGAACUUAAUUUUUUGAGAAAAAAACUGGCAGAUGCUAACACGGAAUCUGAAGAACUUCAAAGAGAAAUUACUUCUUUGGAAAGGCAAGCUACAUACAAGAGUAGCCUUAAUUCCUCUAUCACUGAAGUACUGAAGUUGUAUGAAGACAAAUCUAUUCAGGAUAAUAUUGAAGCUAUUGUGAAGGCAAUACCGAAAUUGCACCAGAAAAUGAAGGUUAUGAAAAGGAAAAAGGUUGAGGCCAUGGUGGGUCAAAAUGUUUGGAACGUCGAUUGUCUUAGAGACCAGAAGCGUUUAGCGCCGGGUAAGGGUUCUAGUCCUAGCACCGAGGACAUUCAAGAGGUGAACGCGGCCGUGAAAGGCUUGCGGCAGGAGUAACUUGUGUUGUGAAUCUCGUCAAGCUAUCCUCUCGCUAGCUACCUGAACUGCAGAUUUUUCAGAAGACCUGCAUGUACAUGUAUGCAUGCAUGAUCAGCAGAGUCAUAAACAUAGGCAAUACUUGUUUGAUGGCAAGACUGUCUUGUCAUAGGUGCAUCAAUGAAAAAUAGAGCAUAUACUGAGGGAGGGCCCCCGGCGUAUUCUAACUUGUAUGAUUAGCAGAAGCUACAUCUGCAACCAAUUGACCCAGCAGGAGUUGAGCACACGAAGACCAAGCUCUUUCUUCAGCAACAGGCCGCUCGUUCCUCUAUAACUUCAACUGGGUAACACCCUGGUGCUUGUGCUUACCGUCGACAAUACCCUCGGGAACUGGCUUCUUCCUGCCACAGAUACGGCAGGCCUCCAGAAUUCUGCAAGGCCACUAUAGGGUUACUAACACUGUUGAGCACAACUUUUUGUUGCAAAAAUAAAAUAAAAUCCAAUGCUCAUUUGAGCUGGGCUUUCGUCGUGGUUCAA